AUGUUCGGCCGUCUUACCCACUACGCAUUUGAUGCGGUCCUCUUCUCCGCCUUCCUCGCUGGCGUCAAGCGCUCCACGGGCCUCACGUAA